AUGAUCAACGGCUCCGGUCCAGUCAUGGAGCUUAAAGACCUCUCCAGCAAUUGGAAAAAGCUUCAACAAACUCUAAAAGCUGAUACUACAAAGUCUCCAAAGCGGAAAGCCAGUGAAAGCGUCCUCCAGCCACAUCGCAUCGGCGUUAAAUAUCGCAAGAUUGAAAGUGAUUCGAUCCCCUCACGAAACGAGAAAAGGGAGAAGUCGAAAGGAAUGGAUUCUCGCUGGUCAGGUAGGGAAGAUGACAAGCCCUCCGCGUCGCUAGCCUUGUGGGCAGAAGACCAUGAUAUCCCAGCCAAAGACCUCGCAGCAGCCUAUGGAAGUUCGCUCAAGGGUACAUUCAUUCCAGACAAAAACAACAAAACGGAGGACACCAUAAACGAGGGUCUAUCGCCGGUCGCAGAAGCUGGGAAGUUCAUCGCUAUCGAUUGUGAAAUGGUUGGUGUUGGGCCCACUCCAGAUACCGACUCAGCACUUGCGCGCGUCUCUAUCGUGAACUACCAUGGUCAUCAGUUGUACGAUUCCUUCGUCCAGCCUAGAGAAACUGUUACAGAUUAUCGCACGUUCGUAUCCGGGAUUACACCGCAAUUACUACAGUCAGCGAGGACCUUUGAAGCUGUGCUAGCGGAUGUUGCCAAGCUGCUUGAUGGGAGGAUACUUGUCGGGCACGCGAUCAAGCAUGACUUAGAGGCGCUGUUGCUCGGCCACUCUAAGAGAGACAUAAGAGACACGAGCAGGCAUCCAGCAUUCAAGCAGCUGGCGGGCGGUAAAACUCCAGGCUUGAAGAAACUGGCAAGAGAGGUAUUAGGAGUCGAGAUUCAAGGCGGGGAACACUCAAGUAUCGAGGAUGCCAGAGCAACGAUGCUGCUUUUUAGGAGGGAGAAGGAAGGAUUUGAGAAGGAACAUAUUAAGAAGUUUGGACCGGACCAUAAGAGACUGAACGGGUUGGCAGAGGAUGGAGGUCAAAAAGGCAACCAUAGCAAAACGAAGAAGAAAAAAAAGAAGACCAGAAAGUGA